AUGCAGAUGGAGGUAAUGCGGGAAAUCAAAUCGGAUCCUUCAGGACUUUCGCUAGAGCGUGUCAGAGUGCAGAAAACCUGUCCCAUGCAGCAGAAACGACAGCAUUCGUAUUCCUAUGAGUUUGGUAGCUCCGGAGCUGCCAAACGGCGAUCUGGGGCUGGAAAUGCGUCGGGAAGUAUGGAGUCAGAAAGUGUCCAAGUGGCUUCUACGGCGCCCACGGCUCUCACAGCGCUUGUUGGAGGUCGUCUUCACGAGAACACGCCGCAAAUGGCGGUUCUGACAUCGGAUCGCGGCAAUUCACCUUCGUACUUGCCAACCACGUCUUGUUCCAACCUGGAGCAGGCAACAGCCGUAAACGAGAACAGUAGCGUGAAACUGUCCGAAAUUUGCGUAGAUCCUAACAGCAGCAGGUCUUCGCGGAUUCAAAAAAGUAAUCACGUACGUCUCCGUUCAUCCUGCAGCUUACAAGACAGUUCAGAUCCCGCUUUUGGCCAUGCACAGAGCUCUCUCCACCAAGAAAGCAAUGACUUUCACGAAAUUCAGCAUGCCGACAAUGACAUCAAUCCCAAAGGUGAGCAUACCACAAACGAUAAUGAGAAUAGUAAUAAUCACACUGACAAAAAAAGUGACAACAACGACAACGACAAUAAUAAUAACGAUCCGAAUGAGAACACGCCAACAGUCACACAGACCUCUAGUCAAACGAGUCAGGCACUCGUGCAGAAACUACAAGAUAUCUAUCGAAACAUCGUCAAACAAGAAGUUGAGCUUCAAGAGCGGUGCUCACAACUGACUUUUUCCCAAACCACCGAUUUGAAGAAUUUGUGGAUUAUUUACAAAGUUAACGCCGAAUUGAUAAACAAUUAUGUCGCAUUCAUCACCACAGCGUUGCUUCCAUCUCAGCCGGAACCAGACCUACUCAUAGGACAAGAGAUAGUCAACAUUUACCGCAUCGAGCGCAGAUUGUGGGUCCAUGGAACCAUAACCUUUUUGGACGUCCUCAAAAACUUUUCAAACUUUAUGGACCCAGAAGUUUGCUGCCAGUUUAUCACACAUGUCUUCAUGUCCAUUUCUAAUAUGUUAAGCGACAUGCCUCAGAAAUACGCCACGCCUUGGUUAGAAAGGCUGGGCGACCUCUCGAGAAUGGCAAUUGCUCUUUAUCCAUCGGGUUUCAUUGAUUGGAAGCUUAGCGCAGAGCACUGGUACAGUCAAGCACUAGCAUACAUAUCUGGACACGGAAAGUUGUACUAUCAUAUGUCUACGGUACAACAGAACACUUUGGAUGCCUUUGUGAAUUUAGGGAAAAGUGUGUUCUGUCGAGAUACUUUCAUUCCUUCCCAACAGUAUAUGCAAUUGGUCAUCGAUAACAUUUAUCAAAGAGCCUUUGCCGAAAGAAAUGGGGGAAACCACAGAAACUCGCUCAUGGUUGAGUAUCUCAAGCACAGUGAAGUUAUGCUCUUGUCGAGCUUUCUUGAAAGUCCUGAAUUGCAAAAAGUCGUACUAACAUUCUUCCAACACAAGUUUGGGCUAUCGUCAGGUGCCAAAGAUUUCUUUAGUCAUCAGGAUAUGUUCCUACAAGACGGGGAACGUAUCAAAUACUUUUUCAGACAUGCGCCUCUCUUCGCAGAGUCUCACAUCUUACAGUUGGUCGGCUUCGGGGACCCCAGAAACCCUUUCGCGCUUUUGUUUGAACUACCCAAGUUUUUGAAAGAAAGAAAAGAUCGUAAAGAAAGACGGAAAUCCAAGACUGCGAAUUCUGCGGAAACUCUUUUGAGUUCCUCUCCUCAGGAUUUUCUGGAAAACGUGGACUCUCCAAGGUACGCAUACGAAUUUCCCGAAGACAUAGAAAUAUGGCGGCAAACACUUACUUACAUCAACAUAACUUCAAUAAAGUGCAGUGCCAUUUUGUUGAAAAACUUUCUGCAUGGGCCUAUGGUUGUAGCAGCACCUCAUUUGCUACCUUGGGCUUAUUUCCUGUUAUCGCUGGGUAUGAGAAUCGAGAAGUUGCCAAAUGAGCUGUUGAAAAAGUUUUGGACUACAUUAUUGAGGCAAAUUUUCCCUUGGAACAGCAUCAUCAACUUUUUAAACAUGCUUAUUGCAUUUGUUCUCGACAACGUCUGGAAAACCUCAACUAUUGAUACUCUAUGCGAGCAAUUUGAUAGUGUAGACGUUUUUACACUUGUCGAUCAUUUUAGUAAAAAUGAGGAUCUUCCUGAAGUCUGGAAAUGCUGGGGGUCUUUGUGGUUUGAUGUAAUAUCAAACAAGUCAGAAGUAGGCGUUGAUAAUGUUCAGGAAACCGGCGUAAAGGAUGUUUCGCUAUUAGACUCGCCUACAGACGGGAUUGGCUUCGAUGAUGAAGAUGAAACCGGUGUGAAAUUUUGGAGGCGUGCCUGUCGGUUGAUUUUUAUCUUCAAGGGUAUCGCUCAAAAUUUUUCAUUGGGGCUUACCUUAUCUCCAAUUUCUGUUCAUUCUAGGCGUCCUCAAGCGGCAGGACAUCCGCUGCAAACCUUUUCCUUCAAAUUCGAAGAAAGUGCUAUAGAAUCCGAACAUCAAGAGUUUGUAACUCAGACAGUUCCUAAGUUCGAGGAGAUCAGUACCCGAAACCUCGAUUUUAAUGCAUCUCCAAGCCUCAGCAUGUUAGAAGGCCUGGUUUUGUUCGAUUUCCCAGGCUAUAGGCAAUUGCACGCAGACUAUACUUGCUUCAAUAAGGCCGGUUGCUUAAUAACCUGCUCCUUAUACACUUCGGGAAACCUGGAGAAGGGCUUAAUUCAAGGUGGGGAUGACUUCAACGCCGAGCGAUAUCUCAAACAAGAGAACUCCGUAAAGCACACCGACUCCAAAAUUAGUGAGCUCGAUAAACUGGAAAGAGAAUGGCUAGACACUUGUAUGAAUCCAGAAUUCAUAGAACAAACCUACGAAAGGAAAUUUCCGUACGGUGAUCUUGCGUGUUACUGCGAUAGUGGAGUUUCGUACUUCGUACUUGAUGCAACUUCCUGGCUGCGCCAUUUUGCUCACGUCUACAAGCUUGCCACAAACGGUGUUCUUCGAUUUGCAAUUUGCUUAACGACUUUCCAAGAAUUACGGUUUUUGAGAAAGUCUAAGGACGAGAGUGUGGUAGAAGCAGCUACUCGUGCCGUUAUUACUGUGCGGCAACUUUACAGUGAAAAGCGGUUACUACCUUUACGGUUCACUGGUAAUGUUGCCACUCAUUUGGAGGAGCAUUUGGAGUUCGAGGAGCAAAUAACUUGGCGCUCUCAUGUCGACGAAUUUGUGAUCGAGGCAGUCUUCAAGGCUCAAAACAAAUUUCGCGCUCUCAAUUCGCAAGCGAGAGAGGCAGGCCAUGAUUUCAUCGUCACGACCGAGGAAGAACCUUUUCAUUUUGUUGCAUUGGUCAGUGAUGAUACUAAUAUGCGGCUGAAGGCGCAUGCACAGAAAAUCCGAACCUUCAGCAGCAGAUUCAUGUUUGCCGUUUGCAAUCAAAUUGGGCUCGCGCAUCAUGCAUGCACAAAUUAA